AUGGCCACCGCCUCUGACCCUCCCAGCGCCAACGGCGUCAAGAAAUCGACUCCUGCCGAGAAAAAGUACAAAUGCCAAUAUUGCAAUCGUGCUUUUAGUCGGAGUGAGCAUCGGAGUCGUCACGAACGGUCGCAUACAAAAGAACGUCCCUUCAAGUGUGCGAAAUGCAAGUCAACCUUCGUUCGCCGCGACCUUCUGCUCCGCCACGACCGAACCGUCCAUGCCAAAGAUGGUGACCGUUUACAACCCGAGACUCGGAAGAAGAGCGGGCCAAAGACCUCGUCCUCAACGACGACUCCGUCCAAACCCUCCAUCUCAAUAGAGCCUGGCACGUUGGAGCAAAUAGAGGCAAGCAGCGAUGGUAUGCUCGACCUUGAGACUGCCGCCAUGUUGAUGACAGACUUCCAACACAAGGCCGCGGCAGCAGCAAAUGGUACCCUCCACAACGACGAAGGCUCCAUCCCCGAAUACUCGCCCGACCGUAGCUCUGUCCUCGAUUCCACCGACUAUCUGACUGGCCCUGCUGGCUCCUUACACAUGCCCUGGGACUUCAUGCCCGCCGCUCCUUCGGACGAAAAGGCACAUUCCAUGUCCUCUAGCAUGUCUUCCCAAGAUAACAGUUCGCAGCAACCCUACGUGCACAUGGGCUCCAUCCAACCAGCACAGUCUCAACUCAGCGCCGUCAUGGAACGACAAGACUCUCUAGGAACCUCGAUGCCGCCGGCCUUCCCCACCCUCGCCGACACCUUCCCCGUCUCAGGAACUCCGACUCCUAAUGCUCUCUCGCCCUUUCCAUCAAUGACAGGUCCAGUUUCACCUGUCAACUAUCGUCGUUCUCCUGGGCCCAGUCAGGCGCUGACACUGCCCAAGGCCCCUCAGAUAGCCAACGACGACCAGAGAGCUUCGAUUGCUAACAAGUUGGGUGAAGGUAUGACCAUUCCCGCCACGGCUUCGAUCAACCUAUACCUGUCGACAUACUUCAACCUCUUCCAUCACCACAUGCCAUUCCUACAUCCCGUAUCCUUCCGCCCUGAGACCACUGAACCGGCGCUUAUCCUGGCGGUACUUUCUAUCGGCGCCCUGUACAACUUCGAACAAGACCAAGCUUUCAUCCUUCACAACGGUUCCAAGAAACUUGUCAACCAAUUCUUGCAAAACAAGGAAAACUUCGAUUCUCGAAAAUGCCCUCUGUGGACCAUGCAAGCCACCCUGCUUAACAUGCUCUUCGAGAGCUGGAGCGGCGGAUCUCAAGGUCUCGAAUGGGCUUGCUCUAUUAAGAGUUUACUGGCCAACAUGGUCGCCGGUAACAAGUACGAACUCAAGCUACGGACUGAGGCUCGUGGUGAUAUGGUGCCAUCCCACGAAUCUUGGGUUGCUGAAGAAGGCUGUCGUCGAACAUAUUAUGCCGUCUACAUCUUCUUCGGCAUGCUCACCAUGACAUACAAUCACACCCCGGCAAUUUCUUUUCAAGAGUUUGAUUCACUCCCCUUGCCCUCAUCAGAGUCACUUUGGAACAUCGAACCGAGCGAUGAGGAAUCGUGGAAAGACAUCUUCGCCGCGUCAACCACAAUUACUGUACGACAAGCGCAUGAUAGCCUUUUCCAAGGUGAUCCGGCACGAUACAGUGCUUUCGCAACGCGUGUCAUGAUCAACGCGCUCUACCUUGAAGUGUGGAACUUGAGACGGAGCUUCGAGUCCUUGCAAGAUGUUGUACUGGAAUGGAAAAUUCGUAUUGCCCUCGAAACUUGGCAACGAUCCUUGGAUUUGUGCGAGCCCGAGACCGUCGUCGUCCCACUGAGCACUCCUCACAAGAGUCAUCCGCUGAUCUUCAACUCGAUGGCUGUCUACCGAAACACUCGUGCUUUCUUGGAAGUCGAUCUAAAAUCGGUCCAGGAAGCCCUCAGAUAUCAUAACCCUUACGAGGUUGCGGCCGCGAUGACGCUAUCGCGAGACAUCGUCAAACGAUCCAAGGAGAUGAUCAAAGUCAUUGAGCAGUGCUACGAGUGCCUUGAAAUUGUUGCCAUGCAGGGCAUCAACUGGGUGGCUCGGACUUCAUCGACGAAUUGGAGUGUCGAGCACCCACUUUGUGGGCUGGAUCUUGUCACGAUUUUGAGUCUUUGGCUCUAUCGCAUUGAACACGAUGAUCAAGAAGCCACAGAAGAGGAGCUCGCCUUGUACAUGAAGGUCAGGUCGCUAUUCGACGAGAAUGCAGUCGACGGACUUAGCUCGACUGUCGCCCGAGUAUGGGGCGAAAUGCUCGAUGGUGUUGUUGUUUGGGGUAUUUCCAAAACCAUGGGUGAAGCAUUCAAGCAUCAUGGCCAAGCUCUCAUUGGCUACGUCGAUGAUAUUGAACUUAACCCUGUCGAUGGUAUGCCUCAAAUGCCUGACCAGACGAUGAUCGGCAUGGAAGCCUCGUACUAA